AUGACGGGCAUUACUACCCAAGAAGAGGGUGCUGGCCGACCAUAUGACCAGUUCAUCCUCUUCGGAGACUCCAUCACCGAGAUGUCCUCGGAUCAGAGUCUUGGGUUCGCCUUUGGUGCAGGGUUACAGCAUGCCUAUAGCCGCCGGCUGGAUGUGAUUAACCGGGGCUUUGGAGGAUAUACCACCGCUCAUGCCAUCAAAAUCUUCGACAAGGUGUUCCCCUCUCCUCAGAUCGCCAAUGUCCGGCUGAUGGCCAUCUUCUUUGGAGCAAACGAUGCCUGUGUACCCACCCACGUACAGCACGUCCCUCUCGCAACCUACAAAGAGAACCUCCAAAAACUCAUCCAGCACCCUGCCACCCGGGCUCAGAAUCCCUAUAUCAUCAUCAUCACUCCCCCGCCUAUCAACGAAUACCAGUUGGAAGCCUUUGAUGUUGCCAAGGAUACUCCCCACCCCAGCCGGACAGCCCAUUUGACCAAGGUCUAUGCCGAAGCUGCCAAGGAAGUCGGGGCCUCGCUGAACAUCCCCGUGGCUGAUGUCUGGUCCGCAUGUGUGUCGACUGUGGGAUGGCAGGAGGGUCAGCCACUGAUUGGAUCCCGGGAUGCGCCUAACAAUGAGCAGUUUAGCAAGUUGUUCACGGAUGGACUGCACCUGACAGGAGAUGGAUACCGGAUUGUUUAUGAGGAGGUGCUUAAAGUUAUUCGGGCCAAUUGGCCUGAGCAGGAUCCCGAGGUCUUACCGAUGGUGUUCCCUGCAUGGGGUGAGGCCCCCCGGUAA